CGUCCCUGCCUCCUGCCUCCUGCCGGAGCAUCCUCGGCUUGGGCGGCAGACGCAGCCGCCGCCGCCGCCUCCUCCUCCUCUCGCCACCGCCUCCACCGUCUCCUCUCCCCUCUCGUCCUCCUUCCUCCCCCAGUUCCUGCUCCUCCUCCCGUCCGCGGCGGCGAAGGGCAGAACCCUCAGCAGCGGCUGCCUGCGCUUGGGCCGCCAAGAGCCUGGAACAGUUUGGUAUUCCAGCCCAUCUGAGCUUGUUUUGAAUCUCAGCUUUGUUCUUCAACGUAUUUGAUAUCCCUGCCAGCUUUGGGUCAUCUUCAGACGUGACUCAAAUCCAGGCCAGCUGUAUGGCUGUCUGAGGUGUUGGAACAGAAGGAGGUCCAUUCCUGUUGGUGACAACACUGUGGCCCUGUUCUGGGAUGACUGAGGUAUAAAGGAGCUGUGCAAUCAGUCAUAAGUGAAAAUGUCUGACAGUUUGGAUAAUGAAGAGAAACCCCCAGCUCCCCCGCUGAGAAUGAACAGUAACAACCGAGAUUCUUCGGCACUCAACCACAGCUCCAAACCACUUCCCAUGGCCCCUGAAGAGAAGAAUAAGAAAGCCAGGCUUCGCUCUAUCUUCCCAGGAGGAGGGGAUAAAACCAAUAAGAAGAAGGAGAAAGAACGCCCAGAGAUCUCUCUUCCUUCAGACUUUGAACAUACGAUUCAUGUGGGGUUUGACGCAGUCACCGGGGAGUUCACUGGGAUCCCUGAGCAGUGGGCACGGUUACUCCAAACCUCCAACAUAACAAAACUGGAACAGAAGAAGAACCCACAAGCUGUUCUCGAUGUUCUCAAAUUCUAUGAUUCCAAAGAAACAGUCAACAACCAGAAAUACAUGAGCUUUACAUCAGGAGAUAAAAGCGCACAUGGAUACAUAACCGCCCAUCCCUCGAGUACAAAAACAGCAUCAGAGCCGCCUUUGGCUCCUCCUGUGUCUGAAGAAGAAGAUGAAGAAGAAGAAGAAGAAGAUGAUGACAAUGAGCCCCCACCAGUCAUUGCACCAAGACCUGAGCAUACAAAAUCAAUCUACACCCGCUCUGUGCUGGAAUCCAUAGCUUCACCAGCAGCACCAAAUAAAGAGGCCACACCACCUUCUGCUGAGAAUGCCAAUUCCAGUACUUUGUAUAGAAACACAGAUCGGCAACGGAAAAAAUCCAAGAUGACAGACGAGGAGAUCCUAGAAAAGCUAAGAAGCAUUGUGAGUGUCGGUGACCCAAAGAAAAAAUACACAAGAUUUGAAAAAAUAGGUCAAGGGGCAUCAGGUACUGUUUACACAGCGCUAGACAUUGCCACAGGACAAGAGGUGGCCAUAAAGCAGAUGAACCUUCAACAGCAGCCCAAAAAGGAAUUAAUUAUUAAUGAAAUUCUGGUCAUGAGGGAAAAUAAGAACCCCAAUAUUGUUAAUUAUUUAGAUAGCUACUUAGUGGGUGACGAACUAUGGGUAGUCAUGGAAUACUUGGCUGGUGGCUCUCUGACUGAUGUGGUCACAGAGACCUGUAUGGAUGAAGGCCAGAUAGCAGCUGUCUGCAGAGAGUGCCUCCAAGCUUUGGAUUUUUUGCACUCAAACCAAGUGAUCCAUAGAGACAUAAAGAGUGACAAUAUUCUUCUUGGGAUGGAUGGCUCUGUUAAAUUGACUGAUUUUGGGUUCUGUGCCCAGAUCACCCCCGAGCAAAGUAAACGGAGCACUAUGGUGGGAACUCCCUAUUGGAUGGCACCUGAGGUUGUAACUCGAAAAGCUUAUGGUCCGAAAGUCGAUAUCUGGUCUCUGGGGAUUAUGGCAAUUGAAAUGGUGGAAGGUGAACCCCCUUACCUUAAUGAAAAUCCACUCAGGGCAUUAUAUCUGAUAGCCACUAAUGGAACCCCAGAGCUCCAGAAUCCUGAGAGACUGUCAGCUGUGUUCCGUGACUUUUUAAAUCGCUGUCUUGAGAUGGAUGUGGACAGGCGAGGAUCUGCCAAGGAGCUUUUGCAGGUGCUCUUGGCCGGAGGUAAUUCUCUACAUAACUAUGCAAUUAUUUCCAUGGCAUUUGCUACUCUAAUGCUUUACUGGUCAAAGCCCCUUUGCUUGUGAUGCCAAAUGGCAGGCACCUGCUUGCCUGGGUGAGUACCAUCCAGUGGUGAGUGCCUCUGUAACCAUUUGUCCUUUUCAUGGCUCUCAGGGAUUAGUCUAUCUGAUGAUCAUUAGUACCAAUGGUGGACCACAUUCUUUACACACAUUAUCUCAUUGAAUUCUUUAAACAACUCUAUAGGGUAGGUGUGAUUAUCUCCUGUUACAGAUGAAGAAAUUGUGUUUUACACAGCCAUCGAGUGACAGAACUGAGAUCUGAGCCCUAGAUUGUCUGACUCUCCCCCACACAAACAUACAAACGGAUUUAGAGACAAAAAUAUAUACUUCUAUUGAUAAAGUAACACAUGCCUGGGACUACACAUACAACUUCAGUGCUGAGGACUGUUCCUCCGGGACGUGUAUCAAGCCCUGUAACAUCUAAGAAAAGUGACUUUGAACACUUAAUCCAGUUAAACAAAAGGUGCAACAUUUGGUUAUCUAGUGUGGUACCCACAGACUCAGUCUGCUCCAGGCAAAAAAGAAAGAAAGAAAAUAAUUCCUAUUGCUCCUGAACCCCCCUCCAGAGAUGGAGAGCUACACCCUAGUCAAAAUACCCCACCCCAACCCAAAUCACACCUGGGAUAAACUGAUUUCCAGGAAUCAAAGAGGCUACACCUCCCUUUUCUGCUGUGAGCAUUUCACAGGCUUCCCUAGGGUUUAGAAUUUCAAAUCUGCAAUGGUUCUUUGGUAAUCCUCUAUUUAACCCAGUUUCAAAUUACAGAUGAAAAACCUGAACUUUGGAGUGCCUCGCUCCCACAUCUCUUCACCCCCUCCCACCACCCACGUACACAUCCUGAUACUCAUUCCAAGGAUAAGUGAUGAGACAGGUUCUCAAUGUAGCUAUACAGCUAGGUAGAUCAUUAACUCAGCUACCUAGUUACUUCCUUCCCCGACAGUUCUUUGAUCUAAAGCAGUCAGAUAAGUAACGCAAAACUAUAUUUGGAGUCUAAAUUGAAUCAUUUAUUUGUUGCCUCUUUUCAUUUUACACAUUACCAAUAUCCUGCAUAUUGCCUGAAGUCCAUAUAAUGCUAUUCUCUGACUCUAGCCUAUAACUGCCCAUAUCAGGGGCUAGAAAAGAGAGGGAUGCAUGACAUUCACCCCCCUACACACACACACACACACACACACACCCAGAAGGCUUGAGAAAAGACACAGGUCUUCAGUAUUUAUGUGUAUUUCUGUAUGGCCCAAGUCAAGUCUCUGUCCAUCGAUUGAUAUAUUUUUGAGCAACUUCUAUUUGCAAGGCUCACUACAGUGGGUGAUACAGACCUUAGAGGCAUGAUUCCUACUCUCCAAAAGUUUAUAAUGUCCUUGGGUAUGUGGCAAAAAUAACCACAGGGUGUUUUAAAGACUCAUUCAAACCAAGUGGCUAUUCAAACAAUAAAUGCCAUGGUUGAUUAGAGAAAUGUUCCUAUGGGUUGUGGUGAUCAGAACCUAUCUGCAAAUGGGAAAGAGUUGUUCUGAGUCUUGAAGGACAGAGCAGGUUUAACUGGUUGAGGUAAACAGGGGAAGGGAUUUCAGAUGGAAGGAUUAUAGUGUGAGCAAAGCCAUGAAGGCAAAGUUUAAGUGAACAGAAAAUAAAGCAGACAGCCGAAGUAAACACAUCCAGUCAAGAGGCUGUAAGAGAUAGGGCCAUAGAGGGCCUUGAACACCAGGCUAUAGAAUUGGGGCUAUAGCCAGUGGUGAAACCCUGACCAUAUCUGAGCAACACAUGGUGAUAGUUUUGCUUAGGAAGGUGAAUCUGGUGGUAUGCAAUAAGAAUUAGCAACAGGAAAAAAUGGGAGCAGGAACAUCAGGGAGAAUUUAUGGUUAUAGUUGAGGGUUUGGUGAUUAGCCCUGAAGCAGGGAAGGCAAGAGAUAAUGGUAGAAGGCAUUGAGAAGAAAGGACUUGGUAGCUGCUUACAUGUAGAAUAUAAGAGAGAAGAAGACAAAAGUAAUUUCAGAAUAUCAAACCAAUGGCAGCAUGUAGGAAAAGCAGAAAUGAUGAAGGAUAAUACACUGGUUAACAUUUCUUUGCCUCUGUGUAGUUUACAAGGAACUGUCACUUAUUUACCUCACCUAACCAUUAUAAUAAGCAGAGGAGAGACUUGAACGUAGGUGCACAGAUUCCAAAGCAUCUGCAGCUUACAUCACACAAGAGUACCCUAUUUGGGAGACUUUUUAACAUAGCUCUUUAAAUGUUGGACUCAAGAGGACAGAAGGACAUUCAGAAGGAAAUACCCAGCAGGCAAUUGGAGAAAUAGGAGCAGACUUCAGGGAAGAGAUCAGGUCACACCAUAUUGGUUUGGGAGUCAUCCCCAUAAAGCUGAUGAAAGGUCCAAACCAUGAAAGAAAGUGAGCUCUCAGAGGAAUUAAGUUAGAAAAAGAACAUAAUGAGUACUGAGUGCUGGGAUCUGGGAGGUGGGAAGAGGAAAGGGAAGCAGGGAAGAAGAUAGAAGGGGAGGAGUCGGUGAGCAUACAUGUGGAAAAGAACCAGGAUGGGAGAAUAUUACAGGCCCCCAAUGAGGAAAACAUUUCAGAAAAGGAAGGGAUAUCCAUUUACAUUAAGUACUGCAGAGGAGCCAAAAGAGAAAUGGUGGAGGUGCAGCUACCGGGUUUAGCAGUUGAGAAACCAUUGGCUUCAGGGUCAGAGGCCACCAAAGACACGUUUUCAAGCACAAGAGCUGCUCCAGAUAAAUGCAUUUGUUUGAGAAAAUCAGAAAAUGAGACUGUUUACAAACAUAGUGACCCCUACUCUGAGUUCCUGGCUCUGCCAGUCAGCGGCCAGAGGAUUUCAUGACACCGAAUGACAAGGACAUCUGAAGGCCAAAAGUUGGCACCAUUUUUAAUCAAGUUGUGUUUAAUUGGCUGCUCAAGGUACACAUUUGAAUGAAAAAGGGCUGCUUGAGAAUGUAAGGUGAUAUACCUGUUGGAGGAAAGGAUUCCAGUAAUUCCUCUUCUUUUUCCCCCUCCUUUUGCAGCAUCCGUUUUUAAAAUUAGCCAAGCCUCUCUCCAGCCUGACUCCUCUGAUUAUUGCUGCAAAGGAAGCGAUUAAGAACAGCAGCCGCUAGGACUGCGAGCCUUACCCCACAGCAUCUCCCUCCUGAGUAAGACUGAACUGAUACUCUGCUGCAGGAAACAUGGAAGAAAAUACAGUCAAAGGGGGUGGGGAUCUUUAACUUUCAAAUGAAUAGAAACUUCUUAUAAGCCUUUUUCCUACUCCCUCAGAUUAUGUAAUUUAUUUGUAAGCCCGAAUCGCAGCCCGACCAGGGCAGCAAUGUCGACGUGGCCAGAAAGUGGUCACUUCUACCGUGAAGCGAAAGAGCCAGUAGUGAAUCCCCUCAUUUUGUGCAUUCACUUUGAAGAAAAAGAGGUUUCUCAAAGAUGCACACUCCCUCUUCAUAGUGUCGUGUUCGUUUUUAAGUUAGAGAAUAGUCCCUCUUGCAUUCGAACCUCCUUCAAAACUCCUUGCCCAAUGUGAUGUUUUUCACUUGCAUUGUCAUUAGAUGUCCAGGGGGAAAAAAAAAGAUGUCGAAAAAUUUUUUUUAAAAAGAAAAAAAAAAGAAAGUAAAACACAAAAAACCACACACAAAAAACACAAAAACAAAACGAAACAAAAAUUACCCCAGAGCAAGUACUGUGCGAACAUGUGGAAGUCCAUGCCCUAAUAGAGUUGCAAUUUUUUAUUCUUCUUCUAUAGUGGUGGCUUGGUUUGUGUGCCUUUUUUUUCUGCAUUUGUAUUGGAAAAGGUUUCUUUUAAGGCAUUUUUCCAAAAGCAGAGAGGAAUAUGUGUGUUCAGGAAGGGCUUUUCAAAACCGUCUAUCUAAAUAAAGCUCAAAUGGUGAAAUCCUGUCACAUUUUCACAACGAUGCUUCAGAGGUAGUUGAUGUAUCAUUUCUAGAAACUGGCUCAUUCAUCUUCAUGGCGCCUGACAAAGGACACAUUGAAAGUGGUGGUACUCCCAUUGGGUGGGUCCAGGUCCUCAACCUAGGAAAUCCCAACGGGAGAAACCAUUCUUAGACAAAGAUGGGACUUUCUCUGAGAGCCAAAAGGGAAGCAAGAUGAGUGUGUGACACAGAUCUUUGGUGGACAGAAGGAAACAAAGAUCAGGAGACCUAACUUAAUCCUCUCUUUUGCUUGUGAAAUAGGCACCUUUGGAGGAAACAGACCCCUUAGCCAAAAUUUGCUUACGAUCAGAAUCAUAUGACAAGUUAUAACAUUUUUUAAAUUUCUUAAAAGAACUGGGGAACAGAGAUAUUUCUAAGCAUCCAAACCUGUCAGAAACAAGGGAUCCAUGACAACUACAUCCCAAUCAACAUUUGGCUCUAAGUACUUGUUCCCAUUUUCCCUCUGUCUCAUCAAUUUCUGUUGCAGGAUAUAGUAUGGUCAGACUUUGUCCUUUCAGCUUUUGAAUUCCAAAACUGCAUUCAGAAAGAUCUGGAAAUUUUCCAGUGAAAAAUAAUUAGGAAAAAAAUAAAUAAAAAUAAUUAGGGUUUGUGAUCAUAUCCCAAGAAGUAUCAGCCCAAUCAUGUAGCUACUUCUUAACAAUUCAACAGUUGGCACUUCCUGAAUCUUCUAGAGUAGAAAAAUAUCUGGAGGGUGUCUGUGUAGAAAAAAUGGGUAUGCUUCUCUUUCAAAUGUAUUGUCAGUUUCAUAAACUCUGUAAAGUGGUUUCUCCAUGCCUUUGAGAAACAAUCUGUUCGAUAGAAGGCUUCUUGAUAGGUUCUAUUCAGAUUCUCAAUAUGUUACAUACCUACAUUCAGCAAGAAGGAGAAAGAGAUCGGUGGCCCGAGCCUCUCUUCUCUGCCAAGGUACAUCUGUCCAUUUAACCAUCCAUCUGUUCCUUAAAAGGCAAGCACUUUCUUUAGAGAGUUUCUGCUAACCAUAUAGUGCAUGUGUUUAUGUUUAGGAAAUGGCACCACUGGUGGAUUUCCUAUUUUCCUAUUGUUUUCUUUGACUAUAGAAAUAAAACUUUGGGAGGGCUUGACCCCCUAGAAAAUACCCACAGUGAGAUAAAACAACACAUGCAAAAAGAAGAUCAAAUGGUUACAUUCAUUUGAAGCAUGCUGUGUUAUACUUGGCAAAAAGGUGGUUGGGCCUGAAAUUUUGAAAGCCACACUGUUCUAAUGAGAGAGAGAGAGAGAGAGAGAGAGAGAGAGAGAGAGAGAGAACACUUAAAGUUAAAUGUUCUUUUUUUAAUGUUUCAUUCAUAGUGCCAGGGAAUUCAAUGAAAUAAUACCUGGGGUGUGAGUAGAAUUCAGUACACUAACUAUGCCCCUGCCAGUGGAGAGAAUCACAAAGCUGGUUGGGAAGCCCUAGUUGUUGAUUAGCGUCUCUUAUAUGUCUUAAAGGCCUUUUGGGUGGGGAGAGACCUGGAGCAGUGAUCCUGAGAUCACUGUAGACAGAAAAAUGGUUGCUCUUUUAUGCUUUCGGUUCUGCAUAUUACCAAUGAGGAGCCAGGUACUUCUUCCCCGCACCCACAUUGUACCAAGAUUUUAUGGUAAUAUAGUGCAGUAGGCUUUACUCUUACAAAUUUAUAUCUAUGUACAUUUUAAAAUGAGAAUAGCUUCUAAAACCCCUCCCCCACGUUGGAGAGUUAUGUAUAUUUCUAAUAAGUAUUAGCAAGAAGCUGUUUCUCCUGCCAAAAUGAUGCUGAAGGAUUCACAUUGGGUACACUUGAACAACUUGGACUCCAGGUGGUCGUUUAUUCCCUUUCUCUGGAUUUUUUUAAAGCUCAUCUUGACACAGAUGAAUCUAUCCAGAUCCUUAAAAUUGUUAGUGUGCCCAGAAAUAAUGAAGGCACGUUGUGGAGUGUUGAUGGCAAAAUGUCCUGAAAUAGGGAUGGGGCAGAGGGAAAGUCAGGGAAGGGUAAGAAGCACAGUAGAGAUUAUUUAUUUAAGAGAGAAGAAAACAUUAAUGUUGUAGCAAGGAUCCGGUGCGUUGUCAUAAUCCCAUGAGGAUUUUUGGAUGACACAAUCCCCCCAAAUCAGUCACCAUGUUGGGUAAUGACUUCGUUCUUGCUGAUCUCGUCUACGUGUCAUUGUAAAUAUUUGUGUGUCCAUGUUCUGUUUUGGCUACUGGAUGGCCAAGUCAUGUAAGAAGAUUUAACUCAAGUAUUUAUUCUUUAAUUGUGUUACUCAGAUUUCUUCAGGCUUGUGAAUUGCACCCCGAUGUUGAGUUUAACCACCUAAUCCCACACAUCCAUCCCUCCCCUGUGAAGCACAUUCCAUUGCUAAAAGAAAAAGAAAUAUGAAAUUGCUUCCUGUCGUCUGUAUAACUGUUUUGAUAGUUUGAGAUGUUUGUCUAUAAAGGAUAUUUCUCCACUCAAAGAUCGUGUAAAUAACUAUAUUCCUUUGCGCAGUGGCGUGUUUAUUUCUAGUGAGGCUGCCAGUUCUCAGAGAGAAUCUAUCAAAUCACUUUUAAAUAACACAAAGAGAGAUUACAACUAUGGAAAAAUAAGUGUGCAUAAUGGACAAAGACUGGGAACACUGAUUGUUGAAAUCAGUUGUGUUACAGUGGUGGGAUUAUGCAAAAAAAAUUUCCUUUAAAAAUUUUCUUUGAUACUGUUAUAAUAUUGCUUUAUAAUAAAUAAACAUUGGAAAGGGGACUGUAGAAACAUAGAAAAGACGCCAGAAGCAGAUGUCUUCUGACCAGAGCCCAGAGCAUGCAGGGCACAGAUAUUUGCUAGUUACAAUUAUUCCAUAGGCUUUAUAUUUGCCUGGGUGCUGAGGUUGGCACACGCUCGGGUAUGGCACAUGCUUUCUUAGCAGACUAUUAUCUCUAAGUGGAAGCUAGGGAGAUGUCACUAUUAGAUCUCCAGACACAUCCUUCUGCUUUAAAAUUGGCUGCCCUCUGCUUUGACAUGGUGCAGAGGUUUAUGUUUUGGUCACUUUAGAUUGGAUGGGGUGAUGUUCAGGUAUCACCUUUCUGGCUCAUUUUAGCAAAUUUUCAGGUUGAGUUUUAGAAGAACAGAAGGAGGACUCCCCCCAACUUCCACUGUGUCCUUGUUCCACCAGAUGUUAUAUCAUUCAGAUACAAUUCUCCUUUUAGUGAUGAGUAGACAAGUCCCUUUUAUUUCAGUAGAAGUUAGGACUUGCGAUUAAAAGCCGACUAUGAAAACAUAAAGACAAAUAUUUAGAACUGCCUUUGCCUAUUGGUCUUUAGCUCCUAUUCGCUUUGGCUGGAGAUGGCCUCCAUGUGCAUUCUGUGCUGCCUGAUGAUAGGUUGAUUGCAGUAACUACUGUCAUUUUUAAAGGGCAAAGGGGGAGUACCAAGAGAGAAAAAUUUUCCUCUAACCACCAAAGAAAUUUUAGAUGAUGAGUUUUAUAAUGCAGUGGGCUCAGAUGUGACUCAGUUUCCCCAAGAGCAGACCUUAUACUGAGAGAACCCACUUUUCAUUGCCAUUCUCAAUGUGAAAAUAAUACUUAAUGAGAGUUUUAUCCCUGCCAUCCCCGGUCAAAUCUCAUGGUCCUUCUCUGCGCUACUCGCAGUUAAUAUUCAGUUAAACACAGGCAUGGCCAGUGACACAAGCUUCUCCCAGCCUCUGAGCAAGAGGACCACAACUCAGCAUUUGUAAAUUGAUGGUCUAAUAGGCCGGGGAUUUCGAGUGAACUUAACACACAAUUCUGAACAUAUUUGCAUGUGGCUUGGGAAGGAAAUAAAUGGUACCUUGGAAACAGUGGAAAUAUUUUUCCCUAAGAAAGAAUUUUUCAUAAGAGAUUUGCUUCUGAUAUCAUCUUUCUGUUGGUUAGCUUUAAUUUUGUCACUCCUUUCCUGAUCCCACACUCCUGUAGUGGCCAAAUGAAUAUCACCCAACUCCUCAUGCAUUGAGAAUGUCUGUUUAUUAUUAAACAAUCUCUAACUGAAUCUGCAAAUGCGGGAACGGAGCUGUCACCUCCACGUGCACACGUCUAUGUGCAAGAAUACUACCGUACAAAUAGCAUUUACUGCCACGUAAUACAGUCAUACUUGUAGGAUAAACUGAUAGAAACAGGUUGAGGCUGUCAGAGUCUCCUUUGGAAGCUGCUGUCAGGUGAAUGCUGCCCCAUAAUACCUACCAGCAGUUGAGGGAAGUAUUGUGUUCACCUGAUUUAGUACCUAAGAGGAAGUCAGCAGGAGUUAUAAAGAAGCAAGCAGACGUGGUGGAAGGAGGACCAGCCUAGGAGUAAGGAGACCUGGAUUCUAACAUAGGCUCUGUUUCUCACUUCGUUUGUGGCCUUGGGCAAGCCACUUAACCUUCUCAUGGCUGUUCCUUCAUCUGUAAAAUAAGGCUAUUGGACCAGAUGACCUCCAAGGUCUUUCCAAAAGUUCUAUCAUUCUGUGGUACUAUAGGUUGCCUUGCAAAUUCAACCUGCUAAAGUGAUUGAUGGCAAAUAUUGCAUGCUUAAGCCUGGGUUUCUUAUGUUGCCGUUAAACUGUAGAAAUAUGUAAGAUGAUGGGGGAAGAAAAAAACCUUAAGUAAAUGAAAAUAACACUAGGGAAUGUUGAUAAAACUUAUGGCAGCCUUCCCAAUCCUCGCGUUUUGUUUCAUUGUUGUUUUAAUGUCCUUUUUCUGUGAUGUGUUCCCAGUUUUUAUUUUCCAUAUGCUCUGUAUGUGAAGUCUGGUUUUCAUUAAGCUGUGGCCAAUAUUUGCUACUAGAACAGAAAUACACUGUCACACUUGCUAGAACAGAACGAUGUUUGGGCCUUUCCUUUCCUACAAAGUGAUGUUGGGUUUAUAGACUUUACUUUGUAAAUGGCACAAGAUGGCAGAACCCAUGCAUUUCAAUGGCUAGGACUAGUAAGAGCAGACAUAAGCCCUUGUAGGUUGCAGACAAAGAAGUGAAAAAGUAAGUAUGUGCUAUUAGCAUCAAGGAAUGUUGACACAUCCACUUGUUGGGAACCAAAGAUAGCAUUUCUGAUGACAACUCCCACAGUGAGCGGCCAGUUUAUGAGUAGACUGCUGGAAAGAGGGUGUAAACUGGAAGUCACUUAGUCCCGAUGCCCUGCCUUUUAACAGAGUGCCAACUAGCCCUGAGUGUGAAAUUCAAGUUGAGUAUGUGUGCUUGUGUGUGGUGUGCUUUAUGGACCCGCAUAUAUUAUAUUCAUUAGUGAUAAGACCUUUCACAGAAUCCUAUAACCAUUAGUGGGUUGAGUUUUAAGUCUCAGUACAUCAGCCAGGAGGAGUCAGAUCACAAGGUGCUGACAUCUACUGGGAUUGUACUCAUGAUAUCCAGACAAAACAAGUUGAGGAGGAUCUAUAUUUUCAUUUUUUAUCAGAAUUGUAUCUCAUUUGGUUGUGCAUCACUUUUGUUAAAAUGUGUUUCCUGUAAAACCCAUGUGUAGUGAAAUUCUUCUGUAACUUUGGAUUAAAGGUAUUUAUGGUCUUUUUGUUUGUUUGAGUUUUUUCAGUAAGUUAUUUCUUUCGUAGACCUGCUGAUGGUAUGGUUCCAUCCUUCUGACCUCAGCUUCUGAUUUUUUUUAAACUUUUGUUUCCAAUAUUGUUAUUUUAAAUUGUGGUUGAAGCAAUAGAAAAUUGAAUUAUGGAUUGUGCAUGACUGUGUCUUGAGUGUAAAAAUAUUGCAGUUUGAAACUUGGACCUAAAGUAUUGCAAAUAAAAAUGACAAACAUCAA